CUAAAAGAGCAACAUUGGAAACCCUAAAAACCUAGCCGCCUCCUCCUCCUCCUCGCACAAUUCUCUUCCUCUCGAUCUCUGCUCUCGCCUGGUCGCCUCAUCACAGUCGCUCGCCGCCUCGCCUUUAGCCCGCAGUCGUAGCCUCGCCUCAGGCCCUCCAUCGCGGCCAGGCAUCGCAGUGGUGGCCCUCUUGGUCACCUCAGUCUCUGCUUUUCCUUUGGCCCUUCCUUGUAGUCGCGGCCUUGCCUCCACUCCCUUGGCCUUUGCCUCCACCCUCCAUCGCCUUCUUCAAUGAUUCUCUCUCCCUUCGCACUUGCAGACGAGCCCCAGAAACCCACCGUAAUUCCAGAAACGCGUGUUGGGAAGAGUUCAUUACGUGUCGGAUUUUUCAACGACCGUGUGUCUGAACGUCUCGGACACGGAAGGUCUCGGAGCGUGUCCGUGCUUCAUUAUGUGGCACCAGACCAUUGCAGUUCUUUUUUAGUACGUAGUGCUACUGGCUGGAUCUGCAUUUAGAUUUGCAAGUGCAGAGGUGUCCCAAGAAGAAGACCAUUCCUAGUUUAGAUCAGAUGGAUCGGUUUUUAGAAGAAGCAGCAGCAGCAGCAGCUGAAGGGGUCAAUAUCGAAGGGCUGAGAGACUUGAUCAGAAGGGACGGGCGCUACCUGCAGGAGCUGGCUGACAGAUGGGACGGUUACACGCCGUUACACGUCGCUUGUGCGGCCAACCUUUUGAAUUUAGUCAAAGAGCUCCUGACGCAGUUGCCAGAUUUCGCGGGAAGAAAGGACAAGUAUGGUUUAAGUCCGCUUCACAUCGCGGCAGCUCACGGUCAUGUUGAGAUCGCGGAGGAGCUCGUGAGAGGGCGUGAAGACCUGUGCUCUGUGAAGGGACUGGAAAAUAAAAUCCCUUUGCAUUAUGCCAUCGAAAACGGUAAGUUUGAAGUCAUGAAGGUACUGCUUUCCGCUUCGCUUGAGUCCGUCAAAGAGACAACCUCCCGAAAGGAGACGGCGCUUCACCUCGCCGUGAAGAACGACCAGUUUGACGCCGUUACUGAGUUGGUGACGCAUCUGAAGCGGCACCAUAUGAAGAAGGAGAUCAAUCGGAAGGACAACGAAGGCAAUACCGCCUUGCAUCUUGCUGUCGCCGCCAAAAAUUUCCAGGUGGUUGACUUCAUGCUUCGCCAGCAUUCUCUGCGGCAUGUGUUUGUGAACGUGAAUGCCCAUAACAAUCGUGGCAGGACGCCUCUAGAUUUCUCGGGAAGGGAAACAGGAGAUAGGGCGAUCAGAGGAAUCCUCAAUGCAGUUGGAGCCAUGCACGGAAGAGGAAGACAUUCAUCACUGGUCUUGGUGGAAGAGUCAGGGACCGACGUACGCAAUGCCCUGCUGGUCGUUGCCGGGCUCAUUCUGAACGCAACCUUCCAAUCUGUGCUUCAGCCUCCACACUUUAAAACAAAAGUUGACGAAACUCACACAGAAGGCUUCCUCGCAUCCUACGCAUCUUAUAUGACUGGUUUUUUGGGCAGGGACUUAGCGUACAUCAUCUUUGUAAUCGGCAACACAUUCGGAUUCUUGGUGUCAGUCCAGAUGAUCAUUUGCCUUACCAGAGAUCUCAUCGUCAGGCUGCCGGUGCUUCUCUCUAUGACCUUAAUGGUUCAAACUUACUAUUGCCACACGUAUUACCUGCCGUUCAUGAUGCUAGAAAAGGAGUUCAGUCUGAAAAAUGCGCAAUUGUUGAGUGUGCUACCGCUAAUGAUUCCAAUUCUUCUUCUACUGUUCCAGAGGCCGUUGGCGCUAGCUUUAGAAUUUUACUUGGAAAAGCUCUCUCUGUUUGACCACCUAAGGGAUAUGUACCAUAUAUGAGCCUAAUUUGUCGUUAAUGAUUGUAUUCUCUUUCCUUGAGGUUGAGCUAGGAAAUGCAAGCCUCUAGUAGUGUCAGAUGGAGUUUGUUCGACAAGGUCAGAUGUCAGUUUGAUGUCCUUAAUUCUCUGCAGUUGAUUGUGUGAUGUUUGCAA